AUGGGUUGGUUACCCUGGUCUUCCGACGACAGCAAGAAAGCCUCUGAUGGCGGCCGCAUUGCCCCGGACCGAACAAGUCGCGCGCGUUGCUGGGAAGGACGAGAUCACUUCUUCGCCUGCUUGGACCGGAACGAUAUUCUGGACGGAAUCAAAGAUGACAAAAUUGUUCGGAAGAAAUGCGCGAAGGAGGUCGAAGAGUUCGAGGCAGCUUGCUCAUCAACUUGGGUGAAAUACUUCAAGGAAAAGCGUGUGAUGGAACACAACCGGGACAUGACAAUUGAGCGGAUCAAGAAGGAAGAUGCCGCUACGAUUGAGAAACAGAAGACUGAGGGCUGGAGGCCGACUUAG